CGCCACAGUACUAGUUGAUCUCAGAUCGCCGGACACAUUGUCUGUCUCUCGUCUCUGUCCUCACGGAUGCGUAUUCGAACGCGAGUUCCAUUUUCAAAUUCAAAAGCCCUGUGACAAUGGCGCGAUAUUUUGUGAAAUAAAAAUAAUAAUGAAAUCGAGAAAAACGAAAACCAGUGAAGGAUACAGUGGAAAAUGUUACCAAAAUAAAAAAAAAAAACCGGAAAUUUUGAUCUCAAAAUAGGAUUGUGUAAACUUGUAAACGUUUUACAAUGAGUUGACAUUUUCUAGAGAUUCACGUCUAGAUAUAAAUAGUCUGUUCAGAGUCGGACACCAAUUUGUUAUAAUUAAACUGUACCUAUGUAAAUAUAGAUCUGAACGAAAAGGCGACUGAAUGAGCGAGUGAAUCCGCUCAAGCAGUUGAGUAAACAAAUAUACUUACGUCGUUUUUGUUUAUAAAUUUCUAUUGGUUGUACUAUUCAGAAAAUAUAUAUUUAAAUAAUUGUUUACGUUUACAAAAAAUAGCAAGUUGAAAUUUAAGAAAUCGACAUUUAACUAGGUAAUUGUUUCCUGAUUCAUAGCAAGAUCUCCAAACCAUCAAAUUAAAGAUUAAGUAAUACAAUGCCUCUGCCGACCCCGAAACGAUGCUGCGGUUGCCUGUCUGUCGAGACAAGAUUCUUUGUUGUGUGCACUAUAUCCAUUCUGCUAUGUGUUGCCAACAUUACGGCGGGGGCAUGGAAACUCCCGCGCAACAAGCAACGGGAACCAGAAGACAACCUGAUCUCCAUGAGCAUGGUCAUGUUCUCCACGCUGUCCACCAUCGGGAACCUAAUAGCCUGCGGAGGCGCCUGUUUCAGACGGCCUGGCUACCUGCAACUGGCGCUGGUCUUCAACUCAGUGUUCAUCGUGUGCCUGUUCCUGAUCGCGAUCGUGACCUGCCUGUUCAGCCCGGAGCUGCAGCGGAGCGGCUUCUUCGGCCAGCCCGAGAACAUCGCGCUCGUCAUCAUCGCAUUCAUUGCUGGCCUUGCAUAUGCCGCGUAUUACCUCAUAGCUGUCAACAAUAUGUACAGAUUCAUAAGGUCAGGCGGAGGGAGUCCCAUACCCAUAUGAAAUUAAAUGAUUUUAAAAAAAGAUUUGUGUGAUAUCCAGUCACAUGUCUGACUCACAGACGCUAUGUAAAAUGCUUAUGUAAAUAUUAUUUCCAGCCUAUGUAUUUAUUUAAUGUUGAGUUUGUUAAGAUAAUUUAUAAAUAAAUGUAAAUAUAAUAAAAAUAUUAUAACUUGG